CUCUUGGCAGGUAUGAUCAAUAAAGCAAUGCAAAGUGCAAAUCAGACUUCCGUGUCUCACUUCAUUUUGGUAGGCCUCCACCACCCACCACAACUGGGUGUGCCACUCUUUCUAGCUUUCCUUGUUAUCUACGUCCUCACAGUCUCUGGCAAUGGGCUCAUCAUCCUCACAGUGUUGGUGGACAUCAAGCUCCACCGCCCCAUGUACUGGUUUCUAUGUCACCUUUCCUUCCUGGAUAUGACUAUUUCCUCUGCUAUUGUCCCCAAAAUGCUUGCUGGCUUUCUCUUGAAUAGUAGAGUUAUCUCGUUUGGGGGCUGUGUAAUCCAGCUAUUUUCUUUCCAUUUCCUGGGCUGUACAGAAUGUUUCCUUUAUACACUCAUGGCUUAUGACCGUUUCCUGGCCAUCUGUAAGCCUCUACACUAUGCCACCACCAUGACCCGCAGUGUCUGUACGUAUCUGGCUUGUGGUACCUGGCUUGGAGGCACUCUUCACUCACUCUUCCAGACAAGUUUCAUUUUCCGACUACCUUUCUGUGGUCCAAACAGGGUAGACUACUUCUUCUGUGACAUUCCAGCCAUGUUACGUCUAGUCUGUGCUGAUACCACCAUCAACGAGCUGGUCACCUUUGUGGACAUUGGCUUCCUUGCCCUCACCUGCUUUGUGCUUAUUCUUACUUCCUACGGCUACAUAGUGUCUGCCAUCUUGAGAAUUCGUUCUGCUGAUGGGCGUCGCAAUGCCUUCUCCACCUGUGCUGCCCACCUCACUGUUGUCAUUGUUUACUAUGUUCCCUGCACCUUUAUUUACCUGCGGCCUGGCUCACAGGAACCUUUGGAUGGGGUGGUGGCUGUGUUCUACACAGUUAUUACUCCUUUGCUUAACCCCAUAAUUUACACACUCCGAAAUAAAGAGAUGAAAGCAGCACUGAUGAGGUUGGGAGGUCACAAGGAUGUACAGCCUCAUUGA